AAUUUCUAACAUUUAAUUCCUAGACAUUUUAUUUUUUACAAUCUCUUCCCUUAAUUACUAGUAACAAAUAAAAAUCCUAUGAUUAUCAAACUCAUUUUUAAGGCUAAGACUAACUAUAAACCCCAAAGUUUGCCGAACCAAUUUGGAGCUAAGCCCAAAGGUGAUGAUAAGGGGGAGAAUGGAAAAGCAGAACAUAUUGUUAAAAGAAGAAACAAAAGGGUAGAUACGGCAUCACAAACAAAAUCUGCUGUGAAAUCAAGCAAAGCGGAGUCUCCGAGUCGAAAAUUCGGAGAUGAAAAAGGGAACCCGGAUGAGUCACCAAGAUCCCAAGAGGAAGAGGAUCGGCAAACUCAACCUUUUUGGGAAGGGCUAGCGAGUGAGGACAAGAUUUUGCAGUCAAGAGCAGAGAGGUUAGCAAGAGAAAAAAAGAGGAAAAAACAGAUGGAAAGAAGAAUGAGGAAGCGGAUUGAGGUCAAAUGGCAAAAGAAAAAGGAGGGCAAGAAGCAUAUCUUGAGUAAAGAAGCUGAAAACAGGAGGGGAGAUGCACCCACUGUCCAGACGGAGCAACCGACUCAGAGGCUGGAGUUGAAGAAUAGCUGCUGGAGAGAAGCAGAGGAGUUAUGGGGUCUGGGGGACAGUAAGAAGAGAAGAGGAUUGCGUGAUUUAAUCAGGAAAGAGGGAGCAUAUAUUGUAUUCAUCCAAGAAUCGAAGAUGGAGGUAUGUGAUGACAGGAAAUGCAAGUAUAUAUGGGGCGGGGACAACUGUAGGUGGGUAAUGAAAGCCGCUCACGGGAAAUCUGGAGAUAAAUUGCCAUGUUAUUUUCUGAAUGUUUAUGCUCCUUGUGAUAGCCUGGGUAAAAAGUUACUAUGGAAAGAGAUUUUAGAUCUAAUGGAGGUGUGUGAUGGUGGUAAUUGGUGCAUAGGAGGUGAUUUCAAUGCAAUCCGUAGUAGAGAAGAGAAAAGAGGAAGACACUUUAAUAAUACUGCCAUGAGAGACUUUAAUAGUUUUAUUGAAGAAGCAGGACUAGAAGACUUGCCGUUGACGGGAAGGAAGUUUACAUGGUUCAAGUCUGAUGGAUCAGCAAUGAGUAGGCUAGAUAGAUUUUUGGUGUCCACAGGGUUUCUCAUAAACUUUCCUGAUCUAAUUCAAAAAGGUUUAAGCAGAGAUAUUUCAGAUCACUGCCCAGUAAUGUUAAUUAGCUCAAGCAAGGAUUGGGGGCCAAAGCCUUUUAGAAGCUUAGACUGCUGGUUUGAAAUUAAAGAGUUUAGCCCCUUUGUACACGAGAAAUGGAACAGUUACAAUGUGGAGGGUUGGAAAGGAUUCAGAUUGAAGGAAAAAUUUAAGUUGCUAAAAAAUGACUUAAAGGAAUGGAACAUGGAGGUGUUUGGGUACAUUGACAGGAACUUAAAGAAGAUAAGAGGCGAGAUCAAGAAUUUAGAUGACAAAGCUGAGAAUGGAGAAUUAUCAGAAACCGAAAUUGAACAGAGGCGAUCUUGCUUUCAGCAAUUUUGGGAGUGGAACUUGAGAAAGGACAGCCUACUAUGUCAGAAAUCAAGGCAGAAAUGGCUUCAGGAAGGUGAUGCCAACAGCAAGUAUUUCCAUGGGUGCAUUGUAAAGAGAAGAAGAAGAAAUGGGAUAGAAGGAGUUAUGAAGAAUGAUGCUUGGGUUGACGAAGUUCCAGAGGUGAAAAAAGUUAUAAAAGAAUUCUUUGAAUUCAAGUUCCAAGAGCAUGAAUGGGAUAGACCUAGCUUAGAGAGUAAUGAUUUAAAGCAACUAAGUCCAGAGGAUAACAGCUGGCUGACGGCAAAAUUCUCAGAAGAAGAAGUAAAGGCAGCUGUGUGGAAUUGCAAUAAGAAAUUUUGGGCGAAUGAGAGAUUGGUGAAAGGAAGCAAUUCAUCUUUCAUUGUCUUAAUCCCAAAGAAAGAAUCCCCCCAAGGCUUAGGGUAUUUCAGGCCUAUAUCCCUAGUUGGUUGCUUAUAUAAAAUUAUCUCUAAGCUUCUUGCCAAUAGAUUAAGGAAGGUGAUGCCAACGAUCAUCAGCCAAAACCAGUCAGCAUUUGUUGGAAAGAGAUACAUAGCAGAUGGUAUUGUCAUUGCUAAUGAGGUUAUCUAUGAAGCUAAAAAGAGAAGGAGGCCCACACUGAUAUUCAAAGCUGAUUUUGAAAAAACCUACGAUAGUGUCAACUGGAAGUUUUUAGAGUUGAUGAUGGAAAAUUUUGGAUUUUGUCUGAAGUGGAGAAAGUGGAUCAAGGAAUGCCUAACUACUUCAUCUGUCUUUGUUCUGGUGAAUGGUAGUCAUACAGCGGAAUUCAGCAUGGAAAAAGGACUGCGACAAGGUGAUCCCUUAGCCCUAUUCUUAUUCCUUUUAGUCGCUGAAGCACUAAACGGAUUGAUUCACAAAGCAAAGGAGUUAAAUAUGUACAAAGGAGUGGAGAUGGGAGAGGAACGUCUAGAGGUCACACACCUCCAAUUUGCUGAUGACUCUAUCUUCUUCUGUGACGCAUCUGACUCGAAUAUAAAAGCAAUCAAAGGGAUCCUCCGAACCUUUGAGCUUGUCUCGGGACUCGAAGUGAACUUUUUCAAAAGUGCUUUGUAUGGAAUCAAUGUAAAGGCAGAAGAGAUAAGUGAAUGUGCAGAAUCUCUAAACUGUAUGGUGGGUGCUAUGCCUUUCAAAUAUCUCGGGGAUCUUGAGAAGCUGUUGAAAGAAUGCAAACUGAUGAAAGGAAAGCAAGACUUCUGGAGUUGGAAGCAUGAUUCGAAAGGAACUUACUCAACAAAAUCUGCCUACUCCCUUUUAAAUAUCAGCAUCGAGGAGCCAGGAUCAAUUCAAUUCAACAAGAUAUGGAAUUCUAAGGUGCCACUUAAAGUUUCAGCUUUUGUGUGUGGAAACUCUUACAAAAUAGAAUUCCUACAGUUGAAACAACAAGUCACUUAUUCUUCACCUGUGAGGUCACUUGGGCAGUCUGGCAAGCAUUCUAUGCAUGGUGGGGACAGCAAGGUGUUCUCACAUGUGAAGGUUGGAAGCAUCUGCAGCAACAUACAGGCAUGAUACAGAUUGGAAAAUUAAAAGAAGCUUGGUAUGUGUCUUGGUUCUCAGUCAUUUAGUCCAUCUGGCUAUGGAGAAACCAGUUGAUUUUCAAGGAAGGCAAGGACACUCCUGAUACAGUGAUGGAAUUAAUCAAGGUACGCUCACUGC